AUGGCUCGAAUUGCUCUUACUCUGUUGUUUUUUUCGCUACCAAUAUUCUUUGGAUUUCUAGGCAUAAUAAUGGUCGAAUCUAAAUCUGGUGCCAGGGUAUAUCUCGAGGCACAAUGUCGAACUGCAGUAUAUCGUGAUCUUUGCAUCGAAACUCUUUUACCAUACGUGUCGAAAAAAACCAUGCUAGGUCCACAACAAUUAGCUCGUGUUUCACUAGCCGUGUGUCUAAUGAAAGCGAAACAAACAAAGGAGUAUGUUAACAUGGUGGCAAAACAUCUCAAUGAAACGACUAAGAGUACUAGUCACGGAAACAACAACAACCAAGCCGUUGAAGAGUGUUUGCGUCAAAUCAACGAUGGGGUGGAUCAAAUAACGCGUUCGGUUAGGGAAUUUCAGCUAAUGGGAAAGGAUGGAGAAGAAAAUUUCGUCCAACAUGAGGGUAACGUUCAAAGUUGGGUUGGCGCGGCACUAACAAAUGCUGAUUUGUGUAUUGACGGACUAUUAGGGGAUGGAAUCGGAGGUAAAGAAAAGGCGAUAAUCAAAGCCAAGUUUUUGAAUGUGAAGCAUCAUGCUAGUAAUUCACUUGCUAUGUUUAAUCGUUUUACUUUGAGACAUCGCGCCUCUCAUAUCGUCAAGAAUCCUUAA